ACCAUAAACACAAUUCUCACGGGCCUGCGCGCUUAACCGUCAAUGCGGCGCCGAAGCGCAACCGCCAAACAGCUGACCGACCGCCCGCUCCUCCGCAAAAUGUGAAAUCCUCAUCUUCACCACAAAGCGAGAUCCUCUUCUUAGACACAAUUCUCCUCGUCGUCGAUAGACAGACACUGGCACCAUGGCGGACGAGCUCGUGCCCGAAGUAUCGUCGCUCGAUGACAUCUACUCCUCCGUCGACCAGCGCGAGCGCUACGCCGCCAUCUUCGACAGCUUCGCGAGCAAAUACAACGCCGAGCCCGAAUUCCUCAGUCGCAGCCCCGGACGCGUGAACCUGAUCGGAGAGCACAUCGACUACUGCUACUUCUCGGUCCUGCCGAUGGCCAUCGAAUCCGACAUCGUCAUCGCCGUCCGCAAGAACAACGACGCCUGCCUCCGACUCGCCAACACCGACGCCAGAUUCCCGCCGACGACCGUCCCGCUCUCGGCCUCGGGCGCGUUCGUCGUCGUCGACAAAGCAGACUCCAGCUGGGCGGACUACUUCAAGUGCGGCCAUCUCGUCGCGCACGAGUUCCUCAACUCCGCCGCUGGUCCUGCCGCGCCCGUCGUCCCGCUCGGCAUGGACAUCGUCGUCGACGGCACCGUCCCCGCCGCUUCAGGCCUAUCCUCCUCCGCCGCCUUCAUCUGCGCCGCCGCGCUCGCGACCCUGCGCGUCAACGGCGUGACCUCAGUCUCAAAGCAAGAGCUGACCGCGAUGGCGAUCGUCUCCGAGCGCCACCUCGGCGUCUUCUCCGGCGGCAUGGACCAGUCCGCCAGCGUCUACGGCAAACCAGACCACGCGCUCUACGUGCAAUUCAAGCCCGAGCUCAGGUGCACGCCGUUCAAGUUCCCCGCCGCGCAGCCCCCGCUCUCGUUCGUCAUCGCAAACUCCCUCGUCCACGCAAACAAGCACGACACCGCGCCGACAAACUACAACCUGCGCGUCGUCGAGGUCUCGCUCGCGGCUGAGAUCCUUGCGCACAAGUACGCCGUCGUCAUUCCGCAGGACUCGGGCAUCGGCACCGGUACGCUCCGCGGGUUCAUGGAGGCUUAUUUCGCAAAGAAAGAAGGCGCGUUGCCGUGGGACGGCGACGUCGACGAGGGAUCGAGGCGGCUUACUGAGAUGGCCGAGCUCGUCAGACAAACCUUCACGAUCAAAGACGGCUACACAAAAGAGCAAGCCGCCGCCGCGCUCGGCGUCUCGGACGCUGAUCUCCACCAAAAAUUCCUCGCAAAGACGCCCGUCCGAUUCUCAAAGCUGCAGCUCUACGGCCGCGCGCUGCAUGUCUACGAAGAAGCAGGCCGCGUGCUAAAGUACCUUACAACAAUGCUGCAUCCGCCCUCCUCCCCCUCCUCCUCUGACUCUAUCUUCACCUCCCUCGGCUCGCUUAUGGACCAGUCCCACGCAUCGCUCGAUACCCUCUUCGACUCGUCCUGUCCAGAACUCAACACGCUCUGCAGCAUCGCGCGCGCAAACGGAAGCGCCGGAUCGCGCGUCACCGGCGCUGGCUGGGGCGGAUGCACAGUCCAUCUCGUGCCGCUCGACAAGGCUGAGAAGCUGAACGCCGCGCUGAGAGAGCAGUAUUAUAAGGUGCGGUUCCCGGGGAUCUCGGACGAGGAUAUCGAGCAGGCGCUUGUGGUUAGUAAACCUGGGAUUGGGAGUUUGGUGUAUACCGGAGGACGUCCUCAAAUAUAAGCUCGUGUGCUAU